AUGGAAUGGUUCACUGGCUCGAAGACCGAGACCCGCGAAGCAGCCAACACCGUCACCACCACGCCUCCAGCGGCCACCACACCCAGUGAAGCACCCCAACAAGGCACGGCUCCAUCUCAGCAGGAAAUGUUCAAAGGUACGAAGUCGUUCACGACGGAAGUGGCAACAGCAGUGCUUCCAGAGGAGGGCAUCCACCCAAGCUGGAGCCAUGAGAACCAACUUAAUCUUUUUUAUGGCCUCUAUGCGCUCUCCUUCAACAGCGGCUUCGACUUCUUCUUGGAGGCCAACAACCUUCUGGAUUCCGACCACCCCUUUGAGAAGGUCUUGCCGCGGGGCGCCGAGAAGAUCAUGGCAAAGAUCCCAGCCAAAACAGACUUGCUGAGCAUGGAUAUGGAUAAGCUUAUGACCACAAAGGGUUUGAAGAUGAAGAACAUGAUCAUCUUGAAAGAGAUCGACUGGACGGCAGAGCUGAAGGGCGAGCUCCGAGAUGUCAAGUGGCUGGCCUCCGGCAAGAAGGUGCAAGCCGCCUAUGCAGACAGCCUGCCCCGCAUGGUCGAGGUCCACCGCACUGGCCCAGGGCACCGAAGCCUUAGUGGAAAUCCUUUUGCUCUCGGAUAG